AUGCGCCUUCGUCCAACUUGUGUGCCAUUGAUGGCAAUGGUGCUAUUCUUUACUCUUGUCAAUGCCGUGGCACCCGUAGUCGAUGUAUUAUACAGCAAAUACAGGGGCAAUGACCUUGGAAACGGUGUUACUUACUGGCUCGGAAUGCGUUACGCUGCACCUCCUCUGGGUGAUCUCAGAUUCAUGCCUCCCCAAGACCCAGUCAGGAGUCGUCAGACAAAGAACGCAAACAAGUUCAGGCUCAAAUGCGUUUCCCAGAGCGCAAAAGCUCGAUUCAUUGGAAAGUCACAGUCUGAAGAUUGCCUGUUCCUCAAUGUGUUUGCGCCGUCAAACGCUUCCAGGCACGCCAAGCUCCCCGUCUUCGUCUACAUCCAAGGCGGAGGCUUCAACGAUAACUCUAGACCCAAGAUAAACGGAACUGAUCUGAUCAGAGCUUCGGAUAUGAAAAUUGUCGUCGUCACUCUGAACUAUCGUGUAUCAGUUCUAGGCUUUUUCUCAUAUGGCGAUAAGGUGCAACCAAACAAUGGCCUCCUCGACCAAAGAAAGGCCCUUGAGUGGGUACAGAAGUAUAUAUCAAGGUUUGGAGGCAACCCGCGACAUGUUGUUCUUGGGGGGAGUUCCUCUGGGGGGCGAGCGUGGCCUUCCAUCUCGCAGCAUACGGAGGGAGAGAUGAUAAGUUUGGAGCAAGCGUCGUAUCAAGCAGAAAGUUUCAUCGAAAAUAUCGGUUGCUCCUGCAAAGAUGCCAUUGCUUGCAUGCGAACCAAGACUAUCGCCGAAAUCAUAGCCGCCAAUAUCAAGGUCCCAUACCCUGGAGGCACACGAGUACCAAUCGGCAUGUGGGGUCCUGUUAUUGAUGGAGAUUUCGUACGAGAUGCUCUCUGGAACUCGUUCCACCAAGGGAAGUUCGUCAUGGUCCCUUCUAUCAUCGGUGCCACAACCAACGAGGGAAGAGCAUCUGCACCAGCUGCAUCCUCGAAAGUAGAAGUCGAGGAAUUUUUCAAGGCCGAGUUUCCGCUUCUUGAGUCAACUCAUAUGGCUCAGAUCACAGCCUUAUACCCAGGUUUGGCAGAUACAUGUUCGAAAGCUGGCUGUCUCAAACGACCCCUGAGCGAUGCAUACGGAGACAUGAGGUUUCAAUGCUCAGGCAUCUCGUUCUCAGAAUCAAUCUCCCGCUGGAUGCCAAAGAAAACCUGGAACUACUGGUAUAACGUCGAGGAUCCAGGUUUUCUGGCUCAAGGGAGAGGUGUAGCUCAUUGUGACGAGGCUUAUGCAAUAUGGGGGCCUGGCAAUGGGGGCUCCGGGGCACCCCGAAGAUACUUCCCAGGUGGGAUCAAUGCUAAUGCAGUCAACGUCAUUCAAGGCUAUUGGAUAAGCUUCAUUCGAUCUUGCAACCCUAAUAAAUACAGGCUUCCUGAUACAACGAUAUGGGGAGUCUUUUCGAAGGCCUUAAGGCACAGGCUGGUAUUUAACACAGGGGGCAGGACUAGCUUAGUGAGCAUGACCCUGGAUUUACAGGAUAAAUGCACUUACUUUAACUUAAUUGCAAGUAUAAUGCAGCAAUAA